UAAUAUUGCUGGACUCUAAAGCACAACAGACAGAGUUGGAAUGGAUUUCCUCUCCUCCCAAUGGGUGGGAAGAAAUUAGUGGACUGGAUGAAAACUACACUCCUAUACGAACAUACCAGGUAUGCCAGGUGAUGGAAUCAAACCAAAACAACUGGCUUCGGACUAACUGGAUUGCAAAAAGCAAUGCACAAAGGAUUUUUGUAGAACUGAAAUUCACUCUGAGGGAUUGUAACAGUCUUCCUGGAGUUCUGGGGACUUGUAAAGAAACUUUUAACUUGUAUUAUUAUGAAACAGACUACGACACUGGCAGGAAUAUCCGAGAAAACCAAUAUGUAAAAAUAGACACUAUUGCAGCAGAUGAAAGCUUUACCCAAGGUGAUCUUGGGGAGAGAAAAAUGAAACUUAACACAGAGGUGAGAGAAAUUGGACCUUUGUCCAAAAAAGGAUUCUAUCUUGCAUUUCAGGAUGUAGGGGCCUGCAUUGCUCUGGUCUCUGUCAAAGUCUACUAUAAGAAGUGCUGGUCCAUCAUUGAGAACUUAGCUAUUUUUCCUGACACAGUGACUGGUUCAGAGUUUUCCUCUUUAGUUGAAGUACGAGGAACUUGUGUCAGCAGUGCAGAGGAGGAGGCAGAGAACUCGCCGAAGAUGCACUGUAGCGCGGAGGGAGAAUGGUUAGUGCCCAUUGGAAAAUGUAUCUGCAAAGCAGGAUACCAGCAAAAAGGAGACACAUGUGAACCUUGUGGCCGUGGGUUCUACAAAUCCUCCUCACAAGAUCUGCAGUGCUCCCGCUGCCCUACUCACAGCUUCUCUGACAAGGAAGGAUCUUCAAGAUGCGAUUGUGAAGAUAGCUAUUAUAGAGCACCUUCUGAUCCACCAUAUGUCGCAUGCACAAGACCUCCAUCUGCACCACAGAACCUCAUUUUCAAUAUCAACCAGACUACUGUGAGUUUGGAGUGGAGUCCUCCUGCUGACAACGGGGGAAGGAAUGAUGUGACCUACCGCAUUUUGUGCAAGAGGUGCAGCUGGGAGCAGGGCGAAUGUGUUCCCUGUGGGAGUAACAUUGGAUAUAUGCCCCAGCAAACUGGAUUAGUAGAUAACUAUGUCACUGUCAUGGACCUGCUAGCUCAUGCUAACUACACGUUUGAAGUUGAAGCUGUGAAUGGGGUUUCUGACUUGAGUCGUUCCCAGAGGCUUUUUGCAGCUGUCAGUGUUACCACCGGUCAAGCAGCUCCCUCGCAAGUUAGUGGAGUAAUGAAAGAGAGAGUGCUGCAGAGGAGUGUGGAGCUUUCCUGGCAGGAACCAGAACAUCCCAAUGGAGUCAUUACUGAAUAUGAAAUCAAGUAUUAUGAGAAAGAUCAAAGGGAGAGGACCUAUUCAACAGUGAAAACCAAGUCCACUUCAGCUUCUAUUAAUAACCUAAAACCAGGAACAGUGUAUGUUUUCCAGAUUCGUGCUUUUACUGCUGCUGGUUACGGCAAUUAUAGCCCCAGACUGGAUGUUGCCACACUAGAAGAAGCCACAG